CCCAGCAGGAGAAGUGUUGUUAUUAUUAUAUUUAUUUAUUUAUUUAUUUUUGCAUGUUUGGCUUUAGCCUGUGUUGAUUGGUUCCGUCCUUGGUCGCUGCACCAAAGAUGAACCUUCCCUAAAUAAUUUUAGGCUCAUCCAUUUUUAAUGAUGGUAGUAAAUUGAACCUCCAUUUUCCACAAAUCAAAAAAACAUACUUGGGAAUGGUGGAAGUGUGGCCUGGGUGUGGACUGGAAUACUAAAACCCACAUGUCUAAUAGCAUCGCUCCAAUGUUGUGUCGCGCUGUCGGACCAAAAAAAAAAAAAACCCUCUCUUGGAACAAUCCUGGUGAGUUCUGGCUCUGAAUAAUACCAAUAAAUAUCAGUUGUGUCUUGUCCCACAGCAGGACUCUCGUCAGGCACAGCUUUUAUUGGCGACUUUUAGAAUCGCUAAACGGAUUUUGCCCUUGUAAAAGGCAGGAACAGGGAUAUUAUUAUUAUGUGUCCGAGGCUGUGAGUCGAACAGAAAGGAAAAUAAUAAAGGUUGGAAAAGACAAGAUGAAAAAGACAAAAUUAGUUAAAGGCAUGGAGAGGAAGAGGAGGGACAGGAGUGAAAUAGAGGUGAAAACCAGGAGACUAAAAAGACACAGUUGUCCACUUUACUCUGUCCGAUGGCGGCUGGAGAAAUUGGAAACAGUGGCGUUCCCUAAUCUUCCCAUCACCUUCCCCAUCUAGAAAAAAAAUCUUGAACCCUGAAACCAAACACAGAUACAAAUUUAAAUAUCAACCGGAUAAAGACACUACUGACGCUACAUUUCAAUCUGGAUUUUUCUGAAGUCCUGAUAACAUCCCAGUGGAAUAAUUUAGAUAUUAGAUUCAGUUCCUGCAGAGUAACUUCCCCCGGCAUCACCUUCCAGACAGGUGUCACAUCCCGAAAUGUGGUCUGCGAGCAGUAGAUCAUGUGCUCCUCGUGGGCCUUAUCUGCAGACUGCCACAUGGCUACUUGACAGCUGGUUUGAGGCCCUGCAUCAGUGUGAGCCUCCAUCCCUACAUCAGCAUCCAUCUUUCUCUCACUCCUUUGAAACCUGGAGGAUUUUUACACUUUUUUUUGCAGCAUUUCAGUUUUGGCAACAAACCAAUUUCACCCCAUGUUUUUGCCCUUUAACCUCGGCGUCUUUCAACCUUACUCUGCCCUCAAAUGAGUAUUUAUGGCACGUUUAUCAGAUUCUUAAGUGUGUGGCUUUUUAAAUUGAUUGUAUUUUUUUCAUGUGUGGUAACCUUUAUAAGUUAAGUUAACUUUCACUUUAAUGGUCCUUUUUGUUUUUUAGCAGGAGCCAGGGUCCGUGGUUACUUGUCGGACAGGUGGUUCCUCUUUCUGCCAGAUGGUUCAGGAUGAAGCCAGUUGUGCGUGGAUUUCUCCUCAGGCCAGACACCCUACUCCCAGGCACGAAAAAAUGGAGCAUCAACAGCAGCUUCAAGAGGGAGGAUCGGGAAACAUUGCUCGAAAGCACAAGGGCAGUGGUGUUGCUGAACUCUAAAGAGACUCAGGCGGAGCUGGGCUGGACGUCAUACCCCCCUAAUGGAUGGGAGGAGAUCAGCGGCGUCGAUGAGAAGUACAAGCCCAUCCGCACCUACCAGGUGUGCAACGUGAUGGAGCCCACGCAGCAGAACAACUGGCUGCAAACGGGCUGGGUGGCCCGGCGGGGCGGCCAGCGCAUCUUCGUGGAGCUGCAGUUCACCCUGAGAGACUGUAACAGCAUCCCUGGAGUGGCGGGCACCUGCAAGGAGACCUUCAACCUCCUGUACGUGGAGUCGGACCGCGACCUGGGCGGCGUGACCCGCGAGGACCGCUACACCAAGAUCGACACCAUCGCGGCCGACGAGAGUUUCACGCAGGGCGACCUGGGUGAGAGGAAGAUGAAGCUGAACACCGAGGUGCGAGAAAUCGGCCACCUCAACCGGAAAGGCUUCCAUCUGGCGUUCCAGGACGUCGGCGCCUGUGUGGCCCUAGUGGCCGUGCGGGUGUACUACAAACGCUGCCUGGCCACAGUGCAGAACCUGGCGGUGUUUCCCGACACGGUGGCCGAGGCGGCUUUUGCCACGCUGGUGGAGGUGCGGGGCACCUGUGUCAACAACUCAGAGGUGGACAUGGACAGCCCUCCCAGAAUGCACUGCAGCGCUGAAGGAGAGUGGUUGGUGCCAAUCGGGAAGUGCAGCUGCAGCGCCGGCUACGAGGAAGGACACAGCAGCUGUGAAGCGUGUCCUCCUGGGUCCUACAAGAUGUCCUCCAGGCAGCAGGAGUGUUUCCCCUGUCCUGCCAACAGCGUGGCGGAGGAGGAGGGCUCCGUGGUGUGCGUCUGUGAGGAAGACCACUUCAGGACCCCCCUGGACACCCCGUCGGCUCCGUGCACACGGCCUCCGUCACCGCCCAGAGAUCUGGUCUACACCCUGAAGCAGUCCGCUCUCAUCCUGGAGUGGACGGCACCAUCAGACACGGGCGGCAGGCUGGAUCUGACCUACAGUGUGGGUUGCCAGCGGUGUCUGUUGAGGGAGUGCGAGCCGUGCGGUGCCAGCGUUGGCUUCGUGCCCCAGCAGGUGGGCCUGACGGAGAGGACGGUGACGGUGGUCAAUCUUCUUCCAAACACCAACUACACCUUCACCGUGGAAGCCCUCAACGGGGUGUCGGAGCUGCUGCCCAACAAGAGGUUCUUCACCCAGGUCAACGUGUCCUCCAGCCUCCCUGCCCCGUCUCUGAUCAGUGAGCUGCGAGCGGAGAAGAUCGAGCAGAAGAGCAUCACUCUGGUGUGGAGAAAACCCUCCUACCCCAACAGCAGCCGCACAGAAUAUGAAGUCAAGUACUAUGAGAAGGAACACAAAGACCAGAGUUACUCCACGGUGAAGACGAACGCCACUCGCAUCAGUGUCAACAACCUUAAACCCGGCACCACCUAUGUCUUCCUCAUCCGCCCUCUGUCCAAGCCGGCCUCUUCCUCCUCUCUGGCUUCCUCCCCACUGUCAUCGUCAUCUUCCUCGUCGUCCUCCUCCUCUUCUUCGUCUUCAUCAUCCUCCUCCUCGUCUUUGUUAUCGACCUCCUCUCCUCCGCCCAUCGACUACGGAGCGUACAGCUCCCCCCUGGAGCUGCAGACACUUGGCGAGUUGGCGUUGGCGUCCAGCGAGCAGAACCCGGUGGUGAUCAUCGUGGUGGUAUCCGUGGCCGCCCUCAUCAUGCUGCUCUCCAUGGGAGUCGGGCUGCUCAUCUGGAGGAGACAAUGCGGCUACAGCAAAGCUUCUCAGGAGGGAGACGAGGAACUCUACUUCCAGUUUAAGAUCCCCACACGAAGGACCUACAUUGACCCAGAGACCUGCGAGGACCUGCUGCAGGCCGUACACGCCUUCGCCAAGGAGCUGGACAACUCCAGCAUCAAGAUCGAGAGGAUCGUCCAUACAGGCGACUUUGGGGAGGUGUGUCGUGGCUGUCUGAAGCUGCCCAGUAAGAGGGAGCUGCCCGUGGCCAUAAAGACAUUAAGGGCGGGUUGUUCUGACAAACAGCGACGCUCGUUCCUCAGCGAGGCCGGCAUCCUGGGGCAGUUUGACCACUCCAACAUCAUUCGCCUGGAAGGUGUCAUCACCACCGGUAACACCAUGAUGAUUAUAGUGGAGCACAUGACCAACGGAGCCCUGAAAAAAAUCCUGAGGAAACACGAGGGCCAGCUGAGCAUCAUCCAGCUGAUGGACAUCCUGACAGGAGUGGCGUCAGGGAUGAAGUAUCUGACAGAGAUGGGCUUCGUCCACAAACGCUUGGCCGCACACAAGGUGUUGGUUAACUCAAACCUGGGCUGCAAGGUGUCAGGUUUCAGGCCUCUUCAGGAUGACAAGAUAGAGGCCAUUUACACCACACUGCACGGAGGUAAAAGUGUGGUUCUGUGGACCGCUCCAGAGGCCAUCCAGUACCAUCGCUUCUCCUCCGCCUCAGAUGUGUGGAGCUUCGGCAUCGUCAUGUGGGAGGUCAUGUCCUACGGAGAGAGACCCUACUGGGACAUGGGAAACCAGGACGUGAUAAAGGCCAUUGAGGACGGGUUCAGGCUGCCUGCCCCGGUCAACUGCCCCACACAUCUGCACCAGCUGAUGCUGGACUGUUGGCAGAAGGAAAGGACAGAGCGGCCCAGCUUCAGCCAGAUCCACUCAGCUCUCAGUAAGAGCAUUCGCUCCCCUGACGGGAUUGGCUCCUCCACACUGGCUCGAAGGACCCUGAACUCCUCCAUCUCCAUAUCUGAGCGACCUCUCCCCUCCUUCCCGUCCUUCAGCUCAGUGGGUGAGUGGCUGGACGCAGUGGACAUGGGCCGGUACAAGGACAACUUCACUGCUGCAGGAUACUGCUACCUGGAGUCUGUAGCACGGAUGACUGUACAAGAUGUGAUGAGUCUGGGCAUCACUUCCUUGGAGCACCAGAAGCUCAUCCUGGCUGCCAUCCAGACCCUCAGAGCCCAGGUCAUCCAAAUGCACGGCCGUGGUGUGCAGGUCUAACGCAGAUUCUACGACCACGUUUCCCUUGUUGCCGCUGCUGCAGCCGACAAAUGACAGGUUGGUGAUGUUGAGGGAGACAAAGAAAAGAGAGAAAGAUAGAAAAGCUCUUCCAGACUUUCCAGGAAAGACGAGCAGAUCUUUCUGAAAACAUUUUAAACUUCCUCACGCCUUCCUUGAUCCUUACCUUCCUUUCGUUGACGAAUGCCUGCAGGAAAUGAGCAGCGUUCCUUCCUUUAGUAACUGCACUGGGAUGAGAAGGACAUCAUGUCGUCACGUGACCCUCUUUGUCUCCCGAUCUGAAGUACAGAUGUACAACACGCUGUAGAGGCACCAGUCGUGACACCUGUGCAGCAGUGAUUCCCUGCUGAGAAAACACAUGAUUUUUGUUACAGUGAGGAACUGGUGAACUGGCCUGGAAACAAAACAGUUCCUCCUCAGAACUGGUUUACCUUCAAACGUCUUUGUGUCUGGAGAUGAGAACACAGCUGGGAUGUAAGUUGUGGCUCCAGCAGCUUGAAGAAAGACAGUGCUGUCCACAUGUUGAGGCUCUGGUGAAGUUUGGAGGAGGUGGAGAUGAAACGUUCUCCUCCUGUAUACAGUAUUAAAGAGAUGUAGACGAUGAUGUGAUGUUCUUUCAGGAAUAUCAGUCUGUUUUAAAUAUUUUUUGUUUCUUUAACUUAGAGGCUGGUAAAACUAAUGCUGCAGGAUUUGCUACUGAUGUUUAAGUGAAGAGAUGAAAAUUUC